AUGGGCUCAUAAUGUUGUAAUGGACAAAGCAAAUCUCUGAAUUAUGAGAUAGUCAAUGACAGUAUCAAAAACAGUUCUUUGUUUAAACAAUCAAUACAUAGUCUUCCAUUCACUAAUCAAAUGCCAUGCAAUAACGAUGAAAUAUUAGAGUUGAAAAAAGAGAAUGAAAUGGGUCUUCCUCCAAUUAGUGAAAAUAUUAGUCAAGUUAAUGAACUUGAGAAAGAGAAACUAUAAUAGGAUUUAUCUUAAGUAACUGUUGCUCAAGAUCCCAAAUCAACUAAUAAUAUAGUUAAUACAUCAGAUCAAUAAAUUAAAGAAGGCUAUAAUAAUAGGUCUUAAUCUACUCCUUUUAAGAGAAAGACACUCACUUCACUUGGUACAGUUAAAUUGGGAGCAGAUGUGUUUGUAAGUUUAAAAUAGGGCAGUAUUGGAAAAUUUUACUCAACUGGAUCAACAUUAGGAGCUGGUGCUUAUGGUAAAGUAUGGAAAGUUACUCAUAAAACAACUGGUAUAAACUCAAAAUCAUUUAUUAAAUAGGAUUAAUAAGAGCUAUGAAAUAAAUCAAAAAGUCUUCUCUAAUUCAAGAAGAAUAAUAAAGGUUGUUUGCUGAAAUGAAUAUACUCAAGAACUUAGAUCAUCCUCAUAUAGUGAAACUGUAUGAAUUGUAUUAAGAUGCACAGAAUUACUAUUUAGUUACUGAGUAUUUGAGUGGAGGCGAACUCUUUGAGAGAAUCAAAGCUAUGACUAUCUUUAAUGAAAAGAAAGCAGCUGAAUACAUGAGACAAAUUCUCUCUGCUGUCAUGUAUUGUCAUGAAUAGAAAAUUGUACAUAGAGAUUUAAAACCUGANUUAUCAUUGAAUUUACUUUUUCCUGAUUUACUUUAACUUCUACUUUUUCCUCCUUUUGCCAUUUUAUUAUUUAUUAUCUCUUUGAAUUUGUGUUCUGCUAAAUAUCAAAUUUAGAAUUAUAAAUUAAUUUAAUUGGCUAUUUCAUCAAAAUUAUGA